CUGCAGGACGCGCCCUGCGCAGGCGGGGGACGCCCGCCCCGCUCCCCGGCCGGGUGUGUAGCCGGCAUUACCCGGGGCCACCGGGCCGCAGCGGAGCGAGGCCGCCCCCCGCCGAGCCCCGUGCUGCGGCCCGGCCCGGCCCGGAGCCGGGCGGGGCGGAGUCUGGCGGCCGCCCCCGCCGCUCCCCGCCGCGGCUGACGUGGCCCGGGCGCGGGGCGGACAUGGCGGACGGCAGCAGGCAGAGCAGGCUGGCGGCGGCCAAGAAGAAGCUGAAGGAAUAUCAGCAGAAGAAUAGCCCUGGAGCAACUGCAGGAACCAAGAAAAAACGCAAAACUAAGGAAGGCAGUAGACCCGAGACUCCCACCAAUGAUGACCAGCAGCCUCCAGAGAAUAUUCAGAACAUUCUGAAGGUGCUGGUGUCAGACCUUAACCGCUCCAAUGGGGUAGCCAUACCCUCAUUGGACAAGAGGAAGGCAUACUUUGACAGCGAUGUUGCCACUCGUAAUGCUGAACAGCUUGCUACCGAUGUCCCUGUGCUAUCUAACACCAACAGUCUACCUAGUUGUGGUUCUGUUCUGCCUGCUCCUGGGAGCAUGCAGCUGACACAGAUUCAUGAAGCUGAGGAUCAUAAAAAUGCUUUGGAUGAGAACAGGUCUAUCUCAUCAACAGAAAGUCUCCGCCAGUUGUCUGAACAACUCAAUGGCCUGGUUUCUCAGUCUACGUCGUAUGUGAAUGGGGAAAGUGCUGUUUCUUCCACAAAUAUUAAGGAAAUGGAAACACGUUACCAGGAGCUGGCAGUAGCCCUGGAUUCCAGCAAUCUAACUAACAAACAGCUCGUUACAAAGAUAGAGGAAUUGAAACAGCAGAACCAAGAAGCAAUGAAUCAGCUGGAGAAGGAAAAGAAGGAGUUUGAACAGAAAUUCUCUAAAGAGCAAGCAGCACUGAGGGAACAGCUACAGGUUCACAUCCAGACUAUUGGAAUUCUAGUUUCUGAGAAGUCUGAGUUGCAGACAGCCCUUGGACAUACUCAGCAAGCUGCACGGCAGAAGUCAGGAGAAGUUGAAAACCUGGCUGCUCGUUUACAUUCAUCUCGCCAGAGGGUAUCAGAGCUAGAACGUACUUUGUCGUCUAUCUCUAUGCAGCAAAAACAGUCAGAGAAGCAUAAUAAAGAGUUAGUGAAGGAGCGAGACAACCUGAAAAUGGAACUAUACAAACAAAGCAAAAGUAGCGAGGAAAUAAAGCAGCAGAAUUCGGAGCUGUCAGAGAAAGUUCACUCCCUGGUUUCUGCAAACUCAGCUAUGAAGUUGGAUAUGGAGGAUUUGCAUAAGAAACUGGAAAUGGCUGAACUGAUGAUUCAACAGUUCUCAAAUCAGGCAGGGAGUCUGGAUGCCAACCAGCAGUUGCAGAUGGCACUGGAAGAGAAGGCGAGCCUGGAAACCCAGGUUGCUCAGCUCUCAGAGUCACUUCACCAGCUCCAGGCAGAAAGAGAUCAGUAUGUAGAGAAACUGAAGGAGGAGAGAAGCAUUUGGCAGCAGCGGGUGCAGCAGCUCUCUGAGCAGGUCCACACAAUGGCAGAGGAGAAGGAGAAGCACAUGGCCCAAAUUCGUGAGCUGGAAGCCAAUAUUACAGAGCUGUUGAGCAAAUCAGCAGUUAAGCCCAUGGAUAUUGAGCCUUCCUCACCAGCAGGGCCCACAGCAGCUGAGCUGAGUCUGCAGGAAGAGAUCCAGCGGCUGCAGCAAGAGAAGGAGGAGCUGCAUGGGCAGUACCAGGCCCAGGUCCGGGACAACGAGCAGCUGAGCCACCUCAACCGGGAGCAGGAGGAGCGGCUGCUGGAGCUUGAGAAGGCUGUGCAGCGCUACAACGAGGAGUCUGUGGACAGACAGCAGAUCCUGGAGGACAUGCAGAGUGACAAGGCCACAAUCAGUAGGGCGCUGAGCCAAAAUCGGGAGCUGAAGGAGCAGCUGGCUGAGCUGCAGAAUGGGUUUGUCAAACUGACAAAUGAGAACAUGGAGGUUACAAGUGCCCUACAGUCAGAGCAACAUGUAAAGAAAGAGCUGGCCAAGAGGCUUGGGCAGCUGCAGGAGAACCUGGGCGAGCUCAAAGAGACGCUGGAACUGAAAACACAGGAGGCUCGGGGACUGCAGGAGCAGCGGGACCAGUACUACAGCCACUUACAGCAGUACGCCGUGGCGUACCAGCAGCUGGCUGCCGAGAAGGAGGAACUGCACAAACAGUACUUGCUUCAGACACAGCUGAUGGAUCGGCUACAGCAUGAGGAGGUUCAGGGGAAGGUGACGGUGGAAAUGCACCUGAAAGAGCUGCAGCAGACGAAGGAAAAUCUGGAAGCUGUAGCUAAGGAAAACAAAGAGCUGCAGGCCCAGAUCAGUCAGUUAGCAGCAGACCUGGAUGGCAGGGUUUUGCACCGACUAGAAGGAGAUGAAAGUGAAGCAAUGACCGAAGAAAUAGAAAAAUCUUCAUUUGUGAUCCCAGAGAAGUUUGAAAGCCAUGAAGAAAUGGUUGCUUUCUUGACAUCUGCCAUGUCCCAAGUGGAGAAGGAGCGAGAAGACAUGAGGCAGCAGCUGGCAGCUCAGAAACAGCAGUGCAGAAGCCUCCUGCAGCAAAUAGCAGCUCUUAGGCAGGAGCAGCAACAUGAUGUCACGCUGGGUGGAGGUUCCACCAUGGAUACUGUACCAGUGGAGGUUCAUGAGGCUUUGAAAACUGCCAUGGAGAAACUACAGUCCCGUUUCACAGAGCUGAUGCAUGAGAAAGCUGAUCUGAAGGAACGGCUAGAAGAGUUAGAACAUCGCUGCAUACAGCUGUCUGGGGAAACGGACACCAUUGGGGAGUAUAUUGCGUUAUACCAGAGUCAAAGGGCUAUCCUCAAACAGCGACACCAGGAGAAAGAGGAAUACAUCAGCAGAUUGGCUCAGGAUAAGGAAGAGAUGAAGAUGAAACUACUGGAACUGCAGGACUUAGUGAUGCGUCUGGUCAGGGAAAGAAAUGAAUGGUACAGCAAGUAUGUAGCAGCUGCCCAGAACCCAGAGCUGUUAGCAAGCGAGAAUGAAAGUGUACUUCCAGUGGAGAGACGCAUUGAACUAAACGCUACUGAUGGAGAAGGGUUACGAGAAGUGAAUUUAGCAGAUGAAGCAGAACAAGAGGCUGCUGUUCUUCAUCAAUCCGGUUUCUCCCCUAUUGACAGUAAAGCUGCUCAGCCAAGCCAAGAGGACCCCACAGCAAAGCAAAUAAUGCAGCUUCUCAGAGAAAUCCAGAACCCUCAGGAGAGGCUGGGCUCCCUGCUGGAAAACCCCUGCAUUCCCUUCUUCUACCGUGCUGAUGAGAACGAUGAGGUCAAAAUCAUGGUAGUUUAAGUGGCGCUAAAUCUUAUUUACAGCAAUUUUCUAUGAGCCUGAAAGGACUUAAUUGACUUGUACGUGCCCAUACCUCUGCUCAGUGCCCUUGGUCAGAACAGAUUCUUAAAGACAUCAGGAAAGAGGGAUUGCAUCAGAUGGAACUCGAGCAUCAGAGCUCAUCCUCCCUUUCUCUUUCUUCUGUUACUUGGUGUGCUUGGAGUACAGGCAGACUCACACUAAUCCUGGGAGGCAGCUGGUGCUGGCACUUCACCUGGGGCAGGUGCAGGCUGGGGAGAAAGGGAUUCCAUGACUGUGGUCAAAAUGACUUGAUCCUUUGUCCCAGACUCUGCGUCCAGCAGCCAGCUUCACAGCAGUGACCAAGCAGCGGUUCUGAUCCAUUGCUCAUGACUGUAAUCAGCCUAGAUCCUUCCAGGGCUCCCAAAGUAACUAACUUAUUCUGGUAACGAACUCUUUGGACUCUAAAGAGGUUGGUUUUGUUUCAUACUCUGUAUCUUUAAACUUCCCACUUUCUUCUGCAGCCUGCCUCUCGCAACCGUAUCUGAAACCGGCCUGGUCAGUCUUGAACAGCCAAAAGAUGGAGGUUCCUGGCCAGUGCUAGGGCCCCGUUGAUUCUCACUGCUAGGGGAAGGGACCCAGGGUGGCCUUUGGAGUCUUUUUUUGGUUACUUGACAAAGCUUUAUGUGAUUCUUGGGAGUGGGGUGGAAAUGUAACUGCACUUUGAAGGAUGAUGUGUUUCACUUGUACGUGUCUGAAGGUUUUAUUUAUUUUAAAAAAAAAUGGGAGAAAUAAGUAAAAGGAAACCACUUAAUAAACAUGCUUUGUUUUGAAUUUCUGGACUCUAGGGGUUCUAGUUCUCCAUCACUUAACUUUCUUGCUCUCCCAUUUUGGUAGUGCAUUAGGUAGGCAGAAUCCAACACAGCAGCUGUAGCCCUAAUUCUAAGGAGAAAACAAAACCCACUGGGAGUGCUGCCCCUGAAGCAGCAGCAAAGCAAAUCCCUUGGGUGUGCAAGCAGCGAAGUGAACUGCACCUGGCUGUCCUGCAACUAAAUUUGCCUUCCGGGCAAGAAGUGCCUGUUCUUAGGAGAGUUAGUUUCAGCAAUGGUGUUUUCAGGAAAAGCACAGGGUUUGUUUAAGGGACUUGGUGUGAGCCCAGUAGUGGAGCCUGGGCUAGUGCCUGAAGCAGCAUCCGCCACCUCCCCGUCAAGAUGAGAGAGAUGGAAGCACAAGAACACAAUAUCAAUUUUUGGGUUUGUCAACAACAAAAAGAGAGACUAUUCCUUUCUUCUGUGACCAAGCUGCUCAAGCUUUACACUAGCACAGUAGAGAGCUUUUCUUCUAAUGCCAGAAGCAGAUUGUGGGUUAGGGUUUUUUUUUGUUGUUGUUGUUUUUUUUAAAUGGUUCAUCUUGAUGUUUCUAUAUAAAACUGAAAAAAGCAUACACAGAACAAUAGUACUUUCCUGUGAACCCCAUGAGGGGACGAUGGAAGCUCUUUUUUGAACUUUCAUUUGAUGAGCACUAGCGUUGUCUGUUACUGGUACAACCCAAGGGACACGGGCUCCUGGCCGCACAGGUUUGUGUACAUAGUGUUUCUGUGUAAAAUGCUGUAUAUUCCUGGAAGAGAGACUAAGCCUUUUGCAGUGUUUCUGCCUGCUCAGGCUAUUCAUAAAUCUGUAUCAUAACUAACAGGGGCAGGGCUGAUUUAAUACAGAGCAUUAUUAUAAAUUGAAUAAAUAUUUAUUGGGUGUUUUACUCCAGUGCUGUGAAGGAGACAAGACCAGUGAAGAAGGUCUGCAGUCUGUUGCAGAGGUGACUUAAUCCUGUUACAAAUUCUCUUUCUGAAUAAACUUAUUCAGAUGGGCACUGACUAGAUGUAUUUCUUUGGUUCAGAUCACCUUGAAAUCUGGCCAGGAAAAAAAGUGAAGAAUGAGUUCUUUAUUAAAAACACCUGCCCCGGCAUGGAUGCCCUUUUCACUUAGCUUUCAUGAAUGUUUUCCUGUAGACAGGCUGAUGACAAGCCUGAGAUGUUUCUCUUGGCUAGCAUUUCACAUCCAGAUCCUCAUCAGAUUCAUUUUACACUGUGUUCCCUUUAGGAGUGUUUCCCUGACACCACCUUUACUUUGAGUGCACUCAGAGCAGGAACCACUGACACACAACAGCUUGAAAAUGGAGCAACUCAACUAUCUCUGAUUUGAGGAAAGGUAGAAAAAUGCUUCUUAAAAGCCAGAAGCACCAAACAACAGGAAACAGCUGUUAUGCUGGGAAGAGGACAUGUUGUUUGAUAAGGCUGUAGAUCAGUAGAAAGGAGUUUAUCUUGCUUGGGCAGGGUAGGUGGGGAAAAAAAAAUAGGACAGGGUAGGGUAAGCAAGGGUUAUUGCCUCAAGUUGCAUACAAGCUGCAGUUACAACCCAUAAAAAUAUGCAAGAUGGAGACAGAACACACAUAGGAAAGCAGCACUAGAGAUCUAAUCUACUCACUCAACCCACACCUGUAUCUACUAUUAAUAAAAUCUUCAAGGAGCUUUUUAGCGUAUUAAAGUCUUACUAGGGGGUAGUUGGGAGAUUCCACAAGUAGCACAGCCAGCAGUACCGAAGAGCACUCGGGGCUACAUCAGGCAUCAAUCAUACAAUGAUGUAAAUCAGCAACCCCAGUGUUCCUGCUCUCUUCCUGCAGAAGUAACGCUAGAGCCCCAUUACACAGGGGAUUACGGAAUCUGUUGCAAUCAUUGGGAUGACAGUGCUAAAUUCAGGAAUUACGCAGAAAGAUGGUUGUCAGUGUGAGAAGCAGCGACCAUGAUCCGAGACCCGCAGCACUUACAGUUUUGGCAUGGAGACAGUAGGAACAAGUUUACCCAGUUUAUACUGGGGGAGCCUAAAAGCAGCUUCCAAGUAAGAGCUGGCCACAUGCGCUAGACUGUGGUUAGACUGCACUUCAGAUACAGGCCUAAAAGACACCGCUCGACAGAGAAACGCUCACUUGCUGCGUUCCACAAACGGCCUAGGCAAAAAUACCUUUUUAAGGACCAAGCAGUUUUAUGUGCAAAACUCCCACCUUCUCUGUGUCCAGUCACUGAAGCACCUCCAUGUGUUUUCCUUUACACCUUCAGCAUCUGACAAAAGCUUUUAAUUCUACUGCAGCUCCUGGACACCACUGUUGAUGCAGAUCUGUUCCACCUUCCCUAUUAGUGACAGCACCUGCUUGCAUGUAUAGUUUUUUAAGCUCUAUGGGAUGAAAAGAUUAGGUUAUAAUUAAGCACAGCUUGAAAAUCACCCAGAGAAAGCGCGAGAGAAAGAGAGAUGGUUUUAUUCUAGUCAUGGAGACCUUCAUUAUACAGAAAUGAUAGUUUAUUUCAUCCAAUAAACAAGAGUGACAGGUAGAUCACAAACUGCAUCACAGCUACUACCAGCACUGAGACGGUUCACCCACAAGUCGGGGGUAAUACAACAACCCAACUGCACACAGCAGAGAAUUUAACAAUCAGCUCGAAAACUCAACACCAGGAUUUGGUUAACUUUUUGGAUGUGUGUGUAUAUAUAUAUGUGUGUGUAUGUAUAUAGAUAUUCUUUCCCUACUUAAGUAUUUCCUAAUAUCCACAUGGAAGCACAAAUGGCUUUAAACACCUGGACAUAUAUAGAUUUUUCAUCUUAUAUAUAUAUAUUUAUAGAUAUUUAUAACAGUAAAGAUAUGUUUCUCAUUACUACAAUAUACUUGUUUAACUCCUUUAAGCAGCUGGGAAGAGAGAAAAAAAAAAAAAACAAA